UGAUCAGGGAGCCCAACGCGGGGCUCAAUCCCAGGACCCUGGGAUCAUGACUUGAGCGGAAGGUAGAUGCUUAGCCAACUGAGCCACCCAGGCGUCCCCUGGGUCUCACGUUUAUAUCCGGCAGGAGCCUUUGUCCUGUUCCUUCAUUUUUUUUGCUCGCGUAUUUAUCCUUUUGUUUAAUAUGUACUGCAUACGCCAGCCUCCUGGAUGUCGCUCUGGGCGCCUGGAGGGGACCAGGCACGGUGGGAAGAUGCCUCCUUCCCAUGCCUGGGGGACCCCACGUGAGCGGGGCUGGCUCGCUGACCACCACGGCCACCACGCAGCGGGCUGUCACGGGGCUGGGGGUGCUGCUGAGCCCACGGGGGCCCUGACGCAGUGCGGGGGAGCAAGAGAGGGACCAAAGCAGAGCGAAGCAGCCCACAGUCAUCACGCCUGUGAGACACACCUCGCCGUUUCAAAGCCGACGAAACCACGGCCCGGGGGUGGAGCCCUUUGCCCAGGGACCCGCAGCAGAGUCUCGCUGGCGCCUGCCUCCUGCAGCUACAGGCUGGAGAGUCUUGCUGAGGCUCCUCUGGGUUGCAAAGCAGAAUCCUUCCCUUUCCAUCUCUCCCUCCGGGCACAGCAGGAGGUCCAGCACCAUUAGCACCUCCUGGGAACAGGCUUCUUCGAGUUGGUCCAGGAGGGGCGGUUCCUGGAGGCCUACCAGAGCAUCUCGACGUUGGCGGAGGAAGGGCAGGACUGUGGCCCCCAGUACCAGGCUGUGGCCCAGAGCAUGUGGCAGGUCGUCCAGCAGGCUCUGGAGGGCACUGGGCCCAGCCAGGAGCUGGAGCUGAAGCUGAAGCUCCAGGCAGUGCUGACCACUGUGGGGUGGACACAGGACAAGCAUCAGAGCCGAGAGGCUGGUGCUCUCCAGGACGGUGGAGUUGCCCCGUGGGCUGGUCAGCUGGAGAAGCUGCUGAGAAAUGAUGCUGAGGCCCGAGUGCCCACCCUGGGCCCCAAGGACCAGCUGGACCCAUACCUGGAGAAGCUAGACAAGGCUGUGAGACAGGGCCUGGGGUCCCCGCGGGCUAGCCGGUUGGGGACCUGCCUCUGGGGGGUCUACAGGAUGUACUUCCAGGAGGUGCUCCUCAGCCGCCUCUCCGAGCUCACGCGCUCCUGCGGCACCAACUUGAAAAGCUGUCAGGUCCUGUACACCUGGGGCAAGACGAACUUGUUUGGGCAUCCGGGGGAGACACUUGCAAAAGCACCUCCGACUUCUCAGGAGCCCACGGUCAGGCACCUCUUGGACCCCGUAAUGUUUGUGACCUGGAUGUCCCAAAUGCAGAAGAAGCUGGUGGGGCUGAUCCAGGAAGAGUUGGAAAAGCAUCUAGAAAGAGUCUUGAUCUGGGAUCGGAAAAAGUGGGCCCAGUGUUCCCACCCAACGUUUCUCGAAAUCUUCCAGCUGCUGGAAGAAAGCAUGAAUGCAGUACAACCCAUGGGACUACCUAUCACCAGCCAGGUGCAAGCGAUGGUUCUGGAAACAUUUUCAGAGUUUCUGAAAAGGUACCAGGCGGAGGCUGUCCACUUCCUGCAGCAGAACGCCGCCGCCGGGGCCUUCCCCGAGGUGCACGUGCUGGCAAACUGCUGCAUCCUCAGGGAAACGUGGCGGGAGCUGAGCCAGGAACACGUUCAGCUGGCAGCCAAGGGCCCUGCUGUGCAAGGCACCAUCCAUGUCAUUGAGGACCACGGCCGGGACCACCUCCUGCCUAGAGUCAGAACCUUGUGCCAGAGUCAGCUGAGGGGCCACUUUGGGAAGAAGGACAAGGAUCUGGUUCGAGCUCUGCAGUGCCUGUGGCAAGGCCUGGAGGGCUGCCCCAACAUGCACUCCACUCCUGUGUACAAGAGAAUCAUGCGAAGUUUGCACAUGGUGGUCUUUGGGGAGUACAUCCAGGCCCUGGCCACCCACCUCAGGACGCUGGAGCCCAGGAAGUGGGAGGGCCUCAGGGUUCAGGUGGAGACAGACACCAGGAAGUUGUACAACAUCUUCAUGAAGCACGGGGACCUCGGCUUGGCCAACCUACAGGAGCCCAUCAUGGGGAUCUUCGAGUCCAGCGAGAACAAGAGCAGGGAGACUGUGGAUGACUGGCUGGCCUCCUUCAGGGACAGAUUCCCAGGUUAUUUGAGCAUGCAGGACCAGCCAUGCUGCUCUGUGGACUUGGAGGAGGAGAUUGGGGUCAAGGGAAGCUCCUGCCGCUGCUGCUGCUGAUACCCCCAGCUCUGGACAAGGUGGCCAAGGGUUCAAGGCUCCGGAUCACUCCUCCAGGGGAGGUGAUAGGGGAGGGUCCAGUCCUGGGCAGGGUGGGAACCCGGUCAAGGGGCACAGCCAGAGCGUGCUCCAGUUGCUCUCAGUUGACACGGUAUCACCUUGUGCUCUAGGCCAGCAGUUCUCAAACGUUUUGGUCUCAGGACCCCCCUACCCCGAAUAGUUACUGAAACUAAAGAACUGUAGCUUAUGUAUUAUAUCUAAGAGUUACCACAUUAGAAAUUAAAACCAGAAAAUAUUUAAUAAUUCAUUUACAGUAUUUGUUAAAAAUAGUAGUAAUUCAUUAAAAUAGAAAAUUGGUAUUUAUUAAGUAACUAUAAACAAAGUAAAUGAUAAUGUAUAUUAUAUGCGAAUAGAUUUGGAAAUAAAUUAGUAUUUAUAUAGAAAUAAUACUAAUUUAGAAAUAUUAAUUUAUUUAAAAAUAAUAAUAAACCCACAACAUGUUAACAUUAUGGCAAAUGAUGAUUUUUAAGUGAAAAAAAUGAAGUAUUUGCUGAAAUAAUAACAACAAACUUAACAAUAUGGGUGUCACUGUUUUACGUUUUUGCAAAUACCUUUAUCUGGCUUACCAGGAGACAGGUAGAUCUUCGUGUCUGCUGCUGUGUUCAGUGUAUUGUGACAUGCUCUGGCUGAAGUAUGCAAGGAAGGUCCAGCCUCUCGUGGACUAGUUACUGUUGGGGAAAAGGAGGGUAUUGUAAUGCCUCUUUUAGGUACUUGUUAUUCUUCUUUGAUACCAGACCCAAACUGGACAGGUGGUAGUUUAUUAAAGAUUAGGACACGAAUUCUGAAACCAACUUGAUGAAUUAUAUGAAAUUUGCAUGCUCUGUUGUAGUAAAAUCUGUUGGCCUGUCUUGCACUUUUAACGGCUCUUCUACCCAUAUGUGAAUUUGUGGCAUCGAGUGUUCGUCACCUGGCAAAUACCAGUUCAGAGUGAUGCGGAUCCAGGUGUUGGCACGUUUUAGCACACCUCAUCCAAAAAGCACCGUUGUCUACACUGCCAUCAGCUUCAUCAGGAGAGUCUGUAGCUGUUGGGAAUCCCAGGCUCACAGUGGAAGACACAGGUUUUCCAGAAUCCUGAUUUUUUGCUUGAAGGCUCAAAUUUUUAUCAUUGACAACAAAUACUGUCCGUUGUUUACUUUGAAGCCCCAGCUCACAUCAUCCAUUCUCAAGAAAAUGCCGUCAACAACUAAAUAGUCUGUCCGUUGGUCAUUCUUUCAAGUAAAAGUGGUACAUCCAGGGACGCCUGGGUGGCUCAGUCGGUGAAGCGUCUGCCUUCAGCUCAGGUCAUGUCCUGGGGUCCUGGGAUUGAGCCCCAUGUCAGGCUCUGUCCUCAGCGGGGAGUCUGCUUCUCCCUCUGCCCCUCCCCCUGCUCAUGCUUUUUUUCUCUCUCUCUCAAAUAAAAUCUUUAAAAAAAAAAAAAAGCGGUAUUCCAUAGAAAAAGUGGCUAGUUCAGCUUGUAACUCAAACAGUCGGUUGUGCAAGUGUUUUUGCUCUGGGCAGCCACUGUCUUUCAUGGGGCAGUAGAAGGGCUAGCUAUGAACCGUGCAUUUCUUCAUGUAGGAUAUUGAACAUUUGUGUAUUCAGGGUUACGAUUUAAUAAAAGUAACUAUUUGUACUCUUUUAUCAACACA